AUGGGUAUGGACGAAAAGCACGAGCCUGAAUGCGUCCCGCUUGUUACGAGUGAGUUGGAUUACAGUCGGUAUUGGGUUGUCGACGAUAAAGGCGAAAAGUCCAAGACUCGAUGUUCCUCCCUAUGUCUCUGGCUUCUUCUGUUGGAGUUGGCAAAUGUGGCCUUUUUUAUCGGUGGAUACUUUAUUCUGAUACAAGCAAGAGAACCACAUCAGCAUCAAUUGGAUGACUAUGGAUCUCUUUCUCAAUUCAACAGGACCUGGGACUAUAGCAAUCAUAGUACUGUUGGUGAGCCCCACGAGAGUGGAAGCUUUUACCAUGAGACUUGGGACGACAUGGUCGGGCACCAUGGCAUUGUGUCCGUCACCGAAGAGUGGGCAGCUCAGCAUGGCUUGCCCCCGAGUCUACCGACCCCCGAUACACCAGGAGAACUGGUCUACCAAGUGGAUGGCUUUCAUGCUAUGCACUGUUUGCAAAUGAUCCGAGAGAAUUUGGUGGAAAAUUAUUUCUUCGAUAACCACACACGGCAUUGCCUGGACUACAUACGCCAUACAUUGAUGUGCAACAUGGACAUCACACUCACUGGCAUGGAUGAUAAGGAAAAUCUGUUGGGAGCUGAGACGGGUUAUGCGAUUCAUACCUGUCGAGAUUAUGACGCCGUUGUUCGUUGGACUGAGACCAACAGGUGGAAGAAUCUCUCGAAAUGCCCCAAACAAGAGGCUACUACAGAUAUGAUCCAGGUCGCCCCGAGAAAAUCCUCUUAA